AUGGAUUCAUCUUCUUUAGUUCUCUCCUUGCAACUUAAACUCCACCAUCACUCUUUGCCUCUCCAAAGCCAUUUCCAGCGACGCCCGCCUCUCACUUCCUCACACUUCAACCUAGCAGCCGCCGCCAAGAAACCACUCAGAAAAGUUCUCUGUGAAUUCGAACCCAGAGUUAAUGGCGCACUACCCCCGGACUCCGACUCCCGUUUCCUCGACAGGCAAAAAGCAUUGGAGGCUGCAAUGAAUGAUAUAAAUAGUUCAUUCGGAAAAGGAAGUGUUACAAGAUUGGGGAGUGCUGGUGGAGCAUUGGUUGAAACUUUUCCAAGUGGUUGUCUGACGCUAGAUUUAGCCUUAGGUGGUGGCCUUCCCAAAGGAAGAAUUGUGGAGGUAUAUGGGCCAGAAAGUAGUGGAAAAACUACCCUGGCACUCCAUGCCAUUGCUGAAGUUCAGAAGCUUGGUGGCAACGCUAUGCUUGUUGAUGCAGAGCAUGCUUUUGAUCCGGCAUAUUCAAAAGCAUUGGGAGUAGAUGUUGAAAAUUUGAUUGUGUGCCAACCGGAUAAUGGGGAAAUGGCAUUAGAAAUUGCAGAUCGUAUGUGCAGAUCUGGUGCCGUAGAUUUAAUUUGCAUUGAUUCAGUAUCAGCUCUCACUCCACGAGCAGAAAUUGAAGGUGAGAUCGGGAUGCAGCAAAUGGGAUUACAAGCACGUCUUAUGAGUCAGGCUUUACGUAAGAUGUCAGGAAAUGCCUCUAAAGCUGGUUGUACUCUAAUUUUUCUUAAUCUAAGAUACAAGAUUGGAGUAUAUUAUGGAAACCCGGAAGUUACCAGUGGAGGAAUUGCAUUAAAGUUCUUUGCCUCAGUUCGUCUUGAAAUACGUCCUACUGGGAAGAUAAAGUCUGUUAAAGGCGAUGAGGAUAUUGGGCUUCGUGUUCGUGUAAGAGUGCAGAAGAGUAAGGUCUCGAGACCAUACAAGCAAGCAGAAUUUGAAAUCAUAUUUGGAGAGGGAGUAAGCAAAUUGGGAUGCAUUUUGGAUUGUGCUGAUAUGAUGGAUGUUGUAGCAAAGAAGGGCUCUUGGUACAGCUAUGGGGACCAUAGGUUGGGACAAGGCCGAGAUAAAGCACUACAAUACUUGAGAGACAACCCCAUUCUUUGUGAUGAAAUCGAGAAGAUAGUUCGAUCUAAGAUUGUCGAUGUAACUGAACAUUUUAGCUCAACUCAUGUCAAGAGCUUGUCACUGCCUCCUCAAGAUGAAGAAAUGUACGAAGAGAUAUGAUGGGGUCGAACUAAAUAGUUUCUACCACAAGGUUAAAUAUUCUACAGCAGCGGAAAUCGAUUGUAGAGGUUCCCGAAUUUCAGUUUCGCAUUUUGCCUUCGCGGAUCAGAUCCAAGGCAGAGAGUUUUCACGUCUUCAGAAGGAGGUACGUACGUAUUCUGUUUUUGGAAUUCGCAAAGGAACAUUAACCAUGAUUUAUUGGACAGUAUCAUUUUGAGUUAGUUUUAAUAUGUUGUUUUACCUUAUGUUUCAGCCUAAUCAAUAUUACCUCAUUAAUUUUUGCUAGCCAAAGCCAAAACAUUAUAGA